CAGCUCCUUCAAUGAGACUCACCACCACCUUCACCGCCGUCAAACCUCUUCCACCACCGAAUCUCCACCGUCCACUCAAACCCUUCAUUUCGCUCUCUUCCCUAUCAACUCAGCGACUCACACUCGCCGAGUCCCUCCAGUCCGAAACUCUCAAAACCCUAGAAUGGCCCUCUGUUUGUACCCAACUCUCCGCCUUCACUUCCACCACUAUGGGCAUUUCCGCCGCCCAAGACGGCCGAAUUCCGCUGGGACGCAGCCCGGAAGAGAGCAAGAGACUCCUGGCCCAGACCUCCGCUGCCGUAGCGCUUCCUCGGCCGUUGGAUUUCUCGGGGAUCGAUGAUAUAUCGGAGAUAUUGAAUUCUUCGGUUGCCGGUAAAUUGGCCUCGAUUAGCGAGCUCUGUGCCGUGAAACGGACUUUGAAAUCGGCGAGGGCGUUGUUAGAACAGUUGGAGGAGCUUUCUUUGGAGAGUGAUUCACCUGAAACGUACUCCCCUUUGGUUGAAAUUCUACAGAAUUGCAAUUUUCUGAUGGAAUUGGAGCAAAAAAUAGAAUUUUGUAUAGAUUGUAAUUUUUCAAUAAUCCUCGAUAGGGCUAGUGAGGACCUGGAAAUCAUUAGGUCAGAAAGAAAGAGGAACAUGGAAAAUCUAGAAUCUCUGUUGAAGAAAGUAUCGGCUAAGAUUUUUCAAUCUGGAGGCAUUGACAGACCAUUGGUAACCAAGCGCAGAUCAAGGAUGUGUGUUGGUAUCAGGGCUUCCCAUAGAUCUUUGCUUCCAGAAGGUGUUAUUCUAAAUGUCAGCAGCUCUGGAGCAACAUAUUUUAUGGAACCCAAAGAGGCUGUAGACUUAAACAACAUGGAAGUGAGGCUUUCAAACUCCGAGAAAAUUGAGGAGCAAGCCAUUUUGAGCCUGCUUACAUCUGAAAUUGUGGAAUCAGAAACAGAGAUCAUUUAUUUGUUGGAUAAAGUAUUGGAACUUGAUCUUGCAUUUGCAAGAGCUACUCAUGCUCAGUGGAUAAAUGGGGUCUGUCCGGUUUUAAGUUCAGAUGGUUCUGACUGUAUUCAAUCUGAUAGAACUGAUUAUUCUUUCUCAGUAGAUAUUGAAACUAUACAACAUCCAUUGCUCCUGGAGGCCUCUCUGAAGAGGCAGCCAGUUCUUGUAGCAUCUAAAUCUGAGAGUUCAUUUUCUUUGGAAGAGGGAAAUGGCAUGAUGAGUGCUGAAAUAUCCUCUGGAGCAUCUGAUUUUCCUGUGCCUAUUGACAUUAAAAUUGGAUGUGGAACUAAGGUGGUAGUGAUCUCAGGACCUAAUACAGGAGGCAAAACUGCUUCCAUGAAAACGCUAGGCCUGGCUUCAGUCAUGUUGAAGGCUGGCAUGUAUUUGCCUGCUAGAAACCACCCGAGACUUCCGUGGUUCGAUCUUAUUCUUGCAGAUAUUGGAGAUUCCCAGUCUUUGGAACAAAGUCUCUCAACUUUUAGUGGGCACAUCUUGCGGCUCUGCAAGAUCUUAGAAGUGGCCUCUGAAAAAUCUCUUGUCCUUAUUGAUGAAAUUGGGAGCGGGACUGAUCCUUCAGAAGGUGUGGCUCUUUCAUCCAGUAUAUUGCAGUAUCUUAAGGAUAGAAUAAACUUGGCUGUUGUAACUACCCAUUAUGCGGAUUUAACUCGCCUCAAGGAGAAGGAUACUCGGUUUGAGAAUGCAGCAAUGGAAUUUUCUUUGGAGACUCUACAACCUACCUAUCAGAUUCUUUGGGGAACCAUGGGUGAAUCAAAUGCCUUGAGUAUUGCUAAAUCAAUAGGCUUUGAUGAGAAAAUAAUUACAUGUGCACAAACAUGGGUGGAGAAGUUGAUGCCAGAAAAGCUGCAGAAGCGGAAAGGUUUACUGUAUCAGUCAUUAAUGGAGGAGAGAAACAGAUUAGAAACUCAGGCAAGGAGAGCUGCAUCUCUUCACUCAGAAAUUAUGGAUCUUUAUCAUGAGGUAUGGUUCUAAAGGUUCAACUGGGAGAGAAUGUCUGCAUAAUAUCUUUCCACAAUGUUACUGCUAAACAAUGUAAAUCGUUUGGUGUAUCUAACCCAAGUAGUUAAGAUUCAGAGUAGAUAAGUUCGAAAUAGAGGGACAAUAUGAUGUUUUAACUGUUGCUCAUUUUUCGUGAGGUUUAGAGUGGUGUGUCCCUAGUUUGUACUUGAAUAGACGGUGUUGUUAAGUUCCUGGUAUUUUGAUGUGCUCCAUUCAGUACUCCUUUUAGGCUUAAGCUUAGGCAGUGAAGCUGCAAAGCAACCAGAAUGUUAAACUGCAUGUCAAAAACAAAAAAGAAUGUUAACUGGGCACAAUUACAAUUUUAUUGCUGUCCGCUUCUACAUUUUAACAUUAUUUUUAGCAACGUAUACUGCAUCUGCAAACUGCCCCUUAUUUUUAGCAACGUAUAUCAUGCUGUUGUUAAAAUUUGUAAUUCUGGCCUAACACUUGAAGGGGUGCAUGCAUGCUGAUGCCAUGAACAGUCAAAUAAGGACGUUUAUUAUUUGUUGUAUGCACUUAUGAAUAUGUAUAUAAUGUGAUUUGGAGUAGGUGUUCUUUUAAGCCAUGAAGGAUCAAAUUUCCAUAGGAUGAUUGCAAUAUAUGUUUCAUAAUUAAAACAAACAUCAUUAACUCAGUGACAUCUUUGUUUCGUUUUAUUUUGCUCUUGUAUAAACAAGUGGAGAUCUAUGAUGAGGCAGCAGAUCUUGAUUUGCGUGAGGCAGCUCUUAAGGCAAAAGAAACCCAACAGGUUGUACAUGAACUAAAGUUGGUGAAAUCUCAAAUAGAAGCUGUAAUACAGGAGUUUGAAAACCAACUGAAAACUUCGGCUGCUGAUCAGUUUAAUUCAAUUCUCAAGAAAUCAGAGUUGGCAAUUGCAUCCAUUGUCCAAGCUCAUAGUCCAAAAGAUGGGUUCGCCCCAAGAGAAACAGACGGUUCUUAUAUACCACAGCUCGGAGAGCAAGUCUAUGUAAAGGCAUUAGGAAAUAAGUUGGCCACUGUAGUUGAAGCACCAGGGGAUGAUGAUGCUGUCCUUGUCCAGUAUGGAAAGAUCAGGGUCCGUGUCAAUAUAAGCAGUUUAAGAGCUAUAUCGAAUAGUGAGAGAAAUGCUGCAUCAAGUAAUGUCCCACAGUUGAAGAGGCAGGCUCAGGGAAGCAGGAACUUCAGGAAUGCUUCAGAGGCCAGCAAUGUGGAGGCCAAUUCCUAUGGACCCGCGAUCCAGACAUCCAAGAACACUGUAGAUUUACGUGGCAUGCGAGUGGAGGAAGCGUCUCACCACCUCAACAUUGCCAUCAGUGCAAGAGCACCUAAUUCAGUUCUCUUCAUUAUACAUGGGAUGGGCACUGGGGUUGUGAAGGAGUGUGUACUUGAGAUAUUGAGAAAGCAUCCACGCAUUGCCAAGUUUGAACAGGAAAGUCCUAUGAAUUAUGGUUGUACAGUUGCUUAUAUCAAGUGAAUGCCACUUUAUGCUUCAGUGGGAAAUGAAAGAUUCUCAAAAGAUCAUAUAGAUAAUCUACCAUUUCUUGUAUAGUAGCAUGUUCUUGUGCAGUAGAAUGUUUAGUGUAAUUGGCAUAAAAUUAGAGGGAUCGAGUCUUUUUUAAGUUACUUAUUUCGUAAACGA